UGAUUGGCUGGAGCCGGCUGUGGGCGGGACGGGGAAAGCAGGCCCGACUGAGAGCGCAGGAGGGGUCUUGAAGCUGGCUGAUUGGAGUUUUGUGGGGCCCUGUCUGUUUUCGAAAGAUUCUUCAAUCACUAUGUCAUCCGAUACAGAUGUUUCUCUUUCUUCGUAUGACGAAGGUCAGGGAUCUAAACUUAUCCGAAAAGCUAAAGAGGCACCGUUCGUCCCCAUUGGAAUGGCAGGUUUUGCAGCAAUCGUUGCAUAUGGAUUAUAUAAAUUGAAGAGCAGGGGAAGUACUAAAAUGUCCAUCCACCUGAUCCACAUGCGUGUGGCAGCCCAAGGCUUUGUCGUGGGAGCAAUGACUCUUGGUAUGGGCUAUUCCAUGUAUCAGGAAUUCUGGUCAAAACCUAAACCUUAGAAGAAGAGAUGCUGCCUUGGUCUUCGUGGUACUUGCUAUAGUUAGACAUCUCAUAUUGAGGUUAUAUGUUUACGUGGAAAAUAAAUCCUACGAGUGGGUCUGACAAUAACAUGGUAAUUUGAAUAUUAGCUUCCUUUCUUGCAGGCUUGUUUUGCCUUGUGACUAAAUUACUAGUGACUAGUUCACUAACUAGGUCGUUCAGGGGAGUCAAAUUAGCACACAAGAAACAUGUCACUUUUAAAUGCACUUGAUAGUGAUAAAAUGUCCACUUUGUUAAACUCUCCUGAUGAAAUUAGUUCUAAAGAAGACAACAUGGCAGUCCUGAAGUACUCCCAGUUGCUACAGAUCACACGCUUUUGAUAUUGUGUAGGAAUCCUGUUCGCUACAGUUAAUGUCACUUUUUUCUGCCAUGCAAUGGUGAAUGUCGUGGACUGAAUGAGUACUUCAGUUUUUAGAGCUGGUUGGCUCCUGAAGAACCUUUCAGAACGGUGCACGGCAUAUAACAUUACAAGCUUCCCCACAACUAAAUGUGUGUGUUUUGUGUGCUUAAGCCAAAUCUAAAAUGCUGAAGCAGAGCUGCUAGAAGAUAGUAUUUAUUUCAGAAUCGUACUUGUAAACAUAAGAAUAACUUAAUUAUGGAUCCCAGUUUAGCUCUUUUAAAUGUCAUCUUGAAAUAGAAAUAUGUUUUUCAGUGCUAAUGCAAAGGCAAUGAAAAACACUUUUGGAAUGUGUGCAGUAUGUUUAUUUUCUCUGUAAGAAUCAUAAAUGUUAAACCAAAAAAUUACCUAUAAUGGAAGUGAUUAACGAAUUAUGAGCAAGCUGGUCAGACACUAGACACAAAUAAGGCUUUUCUGCACUUGUGAAAUUCUCUUGUCUAACCUGAAUUUACAUUCCAUGGUGACAUGGUAAAUGUAGUAUUAUUAAACUAAGUGAACAUAUCGAA